ACCCGGACCUUCUGCCUCCCCCAAGUGCCUGCUCCCGCACGCUUCUGCACCGGAUUGCACAACAUGUCUGCAGAUCUGUUUGCAGAGUUCGGUGAGACACCGUCCCAGCCGCAGCAGACCUCUGUUGGAAACCGAGAUACUCAGGCAGCACAGACAUUCAGUCUGUUCGAUAGCCUGGCACCAUCUGCACCAGCACCUGCUCUACAGAAUCAAUUGCACUCACAGCCUAUAGCAUCGAAUGAGGCCGAAGAUGAUGAUGAGUGGGGUGAUUUCGAGGGACCGACGGCAACGACACCUGCUGCACCAAAGCAAGAUGCUCUAACAUCCCAGCCCUCGGCCCAGACAUGGGAAGCGUCACAGUCAAGCUGGCAGCCUGCACCGGUUUUCAAUGCGAAAAAGAGCUAUGAUUCAAAUGUCCUUUUCGAUGCGGAGGACGAAGUGGGAGAGGAAGAGGACGAAUUUGGAGACUUUGAGGGACCCGGUUCAAGUUCCGCUCCCGCUCCACCGCCCGCUUCAGGGACUGGGCAGUUGAUUGAUCUCAUGGGAGAUUUGGAGAUUUCCCAGCCAGUCCCUCCAAGUAUAGAGCAACGACGAGAACAGAAGACGACUUCCAAGCCAUCUGCUUCAACUACGAAGAAGAAGCCGGUGCAUGGGUUUGGGCCAAUAGUGCGCACAAAACAACCUGAAGCAGCUUCUCCGCCAGCACCAGCAAGAAAUGAAGAACCGUGGGCCUCAUUCGAUGACUGGGAAGCUUCUAUACCAGCAACGCAGCAGCCAAAGCCAACAUCGAAAGUCAUUCCAAGCCAAUCUGAAGCCGUUGCUGCACAGUCUCCCGCACUCAUGAGCAUGGACGAACCGGAACCUGGAGAGUUACCGCCUACCAACGUGCCGCCACCUGCACUGCUCUUGUCCCUAUUUUUGCCGCUGUUUGCAGAGGCCCAGGAGAAACUGUUCAAGCCAUUGGCAGCACAAGCUCUGCCUAUGCGGAACCGAUUGCUAUCCGAUCCGGUUACCAUUGCUUACUUGCAGGGCUACCUCUCUCUGGCGUCGGUGGCAGCACGGAUUAUAGCAGGACGCAAGCUGCGCUGGAAGAGAGACGUGCAUCUCUCCCAAGGCAUGAGGAUAGGCCCAGCGUCGAGCCGUGGGACGUCAGGGAUGAAGCUGACGGGCAUCGACAAGAGCGAGAACCUGAAGGAGGAGAGGGAGGUGUCAGAUGUGGUGAGGGCGUGGAAGGAGCAGGUUGGAAAGCUGAGGCACGCUGUUGCAGCUGCGAACCAGGCCAAGAGCAGGUCUCUUGGAGCUGUGCCCGACAUCCAGGAGACGAUGGCAGUACGGACGCUGAAGCAAGCUGAAGGAGGGAUCCCUGCACGGCAGUCGUGUAUGCUCUGCGGGCUCAAACGGGAGGAACGGGUGACUGCUGCUGAUGUGGAUGUGGAAGACAGCUCUGGGGAAUGGUGGGUGGAUCAGGUCAGCAUGCACAGAGGCUGCAGGAACUUCUGGCAACAGCACAAGGACAGGCUCCGACAGCGCUAAUACUGCAGUAACCAGGUGUGGUACAAAACUGGAGUGAAUGCAUGUGGCACGUGAAGGGGCGUGGGGGAGCCCUCCAGCUGGAGGCAACAUCAAUCGAUCAACUGAGUAUCGUAGCAAGGGCAGAGCACAUGCAGCAGAAAAGGCCACGCGCCCGAUCGAGACCCAACAGCGGCUUGCGCCAGUCAUCAGCAGCGGGGACGGCGGUUCUGUGGCCGGUAACGGUGACACGAGCAAACGGGCGAUCUGGGUCUGGUAGGGAG